AUGGAUGACCCAGUCCAGUCCAACACUAAACCCUCCGAAGCCGACAAACCGCGGACACCAAGAGCAUGCGAUCUUUGCCGCCGUAGAAAGGUCAAGUGCCGUUGGGCGGCCCAUGAUGAUGCCACUUGCGUGAGCUGCUCGUCGAUGGGAGCUCGUUGUACGUGGGAUAUUAAGCCGCGGAAAAGAGGAAGGCCUAAUCGCCAUGCUCCUGCUAGUCCAGUUACCACUGGCCGUGACGCGAAUAGCUUGCCGCAGUCUCCCCACGGGACGAUUGUAGAAAAAGUCCCGCGGGACCAGGGUCCAUCGCCCGAAGGAUCACAAGGAGUUGAGACCCAAAGCGAGUCUCUACUCUCACUGCUAGGAACUGCCUCGUCCAUACAGAAAGCUCUAGAUGAUUGGUUCGAGUUCUUCUACCCUAUUCAACCGCUAUUGCACAGAAGGUACUUUAUAUCACGAUUCCAAGGAAGAGAGAUGCACACGAACUCGGAAUUCUUGGCUUUGGUGAUUUCCAUGUGUGCUGCCACUGUUGCCACCCUGCCUCGGAAGGCUGCCACGGAGUAUAACGAAAUUACAGUCUCAAAUAGCCUCCAUCUAAUCCGGCACUACAACUUGCUACAGUCUACCAUGGGAUGCAGCGUGGACUGGUGCGUGGCGUAUUAUUUACUAUCUUGGGCACAGAUGGGCGAGCAUGGCUUCACCGGCUUUGACGUCUUUAACAACCUCAAAAGUGCCAUGUCAGGCGUUCAAUGGCUUUUGUCUUUCCAGCCCAGACAGAAGAGUGUUCAUGACGAAGAAAUACUAAAGCGACUUUAUUGGCAGCUGACAAUAUUGGACAUAGGGCUGGAUACGAAAGGGUGGCCGGGCUGUUCUUUUUACCCUCUAAGCGGUGACCAGUCGCGACUACGACCCCGAUGUUUAUCUGAUGAGGAUCUGUAUACCGCAGAAGGCCUGAUGACAGGCAUAUGUGCAAGCCAUGAUGACACUGUCGAUUACGUGACUGGCUUCAACGCGCACGCAGACAUCAUCCUAACUUGGUGGCACGCAAAAGCAGAUAGUGAGCAUAGGAGCCCGCGCGAAAUUAUUGAUCGCGGCCUUGAGCGUCUACAAAGCAUAUUGGAUAGCCUCCCUCCUGAGCUCAGGUGGAGGGGCGGCUUAUCACGAGACCCGAGAGCAACACGCGGAAAUGAGAUGCAAAUGCUCAACAUCAUGAUUAGUUUUCUUUACAUCAAAUCCAACCUCCUGGAGAUUUACGGACCAGUAGCAGAGCCACCAUUUACCCAUUGCACAAUUAUUAGUGAUGUUCUCGAAAUACUCCACCAUGUCCCCCGGACCAUCUUGGAGUCGGUAGGGUUCUCAGUAGUCAAGAGGAUCAGAGACAUGGGUGCGCCCUACCUCGAGGAGUUGAAACUUAUGUCCAACGCGGAUGCUUUAGCGUCGGAACCUAUAAGACAGCGAUUAUGGCAACUUCUGAGCGAGCUCGAGUUAUUAGAUUAUCAAGGACGUCCAGGAAUUAGCACUCAUUUCUAG